UUACAACAAGUAACAAAAUACUGAAUAAAUUUAAUACCGGUUUGGCUGAUAAUUCAAAAAGAACCUCAGGCUAUUUAUUCAGUAUACAUGAUAAACAUUACUUUCUAAUAACUCCUUUUGCUUCUUGUGUGACGUCACAUAAAUUCAUCUCCUGCUGGUCAGCCAGUAAAAACAAAUUAACACAAAUAACUACAAUAACAUCGUCCAUAGGCUAUUCUCUCCACGUCAACCAGAUACAGGAAGAUCUCUUGAUGUGUGAAAAGCUUUUGUUCUCUAAAGAGCAGACUCGGUUAUGACCCCUCAUGCCAUUAGAUCAUAAAGCAUCAGGAACCGAAGCAUGUUGUGCUCAGUUAGCAGCUUAUUGGAUUCCAGCUCGCAAACAUAAAUCAAAUAUCACUGAAGCUCAUAAGGGUUGAAAGGCCUUGGCUACCGUGAGUUAUAUUUUGCUCUUUACUCAGCAACACACAGACGGAUAUAGGCAUCACACACACCCCAGAUAUCAGAUGACGCUGUUGUUUUAUAUAAGUCUCACUAUAACAGCAUGGUAUAUGAUCUAAUCCCAGUCUGGUUUUUGACAUGUUCCACAGAGGACUGUAACCCAGGGGAAUUGCGGGUGUCCGUCUGCUGAUUCAUUCUCCCUGAGCGCUGACAUCCUGCGGCAUGCCUGACCCCUCACCCUCAUAACUCCUCUUUGUUCCGCGGGACGCGACCCCACGACCUGCUCCUUCUCCUCGAGUCGUCUCUCAGUCUCCCGAAUUCCUGUACGAGGCUGAAACAUGAGCCUGACCCAGUGAGCUCAUUGGCAGGCGUGGACUUACAAAAUAACUGCGAAAAAGAAAAGCGAGAGUGCGAGAGAUGGAAUGUAGAAACAAAAGACAGGUUAGACAGUGCCAGCGUCAGCUCCCGAAGGGGUUAAGUUACACGCAGCCAAAACAUAAGGAAACAAAGGUGCACUUAUGAGCCUCAUUCUCGGGACCAACGCCACACUUCUCAGCAGGAGCUUCUUCUUUUGAGUUCAGGAGUUUCGUUCUCCCCUGUCGGAGUCGGUUUCGAAAACAUACGUAAUUCCAGAAGGCUCCCGUUGCCCUUCUGACCUGCUGUGACCAAGAGACUCUGGUGUAAAAGUCUCUGGACCCAAAUGUCACAUCUUCCGGAAAGCGCUCGGGCUAAGGCCCAUCAGCACUUGACAGCAGGCUGGGAGGUGGACGGUGUGGCUCAGUGCUUCAGCACUCUCUCAGUCACACCCUGCUUGGGCCCUGCAGUGAACAAGAACAGUUCUGCAAUGAUCUGAUUCUUCAGCAUGGAUGGCUUAAGUGAGAGAACCCAUGCACUCUAAUGAGACCACCUCUCCAGACAAGGACUAGAAAUUAUCAAGGGAUUACUCCUCAAAUUCCUGGUUUAUCUGUUAACUGCACAUUAGAAUAAUCCUUUAGAGGACUUAAUUUUGCUGGAUUUGUUACAUUUCCUUUUUACUCCCUCCAACCACUGAUUUUGUCUUGCCAUUUCCUUUCCCUCCCUUUCUUUUUCACUAUGGAGUUUCAAGCCGGAUUUUGGAAUAACGAUUGGACUUCAUUUCUUCGCUUUUGGUUGACAGUGUUGUUGAGCUUGCAUGUGCAGUUCAGCCCCGUCUCCUCCUGUCCCAAGGAGUGCCGCUGCGAUAGAACAUUUGUUUACUGUAAUGAGAGGAGCCUGACGUCUGUGCCUCUGGGGGUGCAAGAGGGAUACAAGACCCUCUUCCUCCACAACAAUCAGAUCAACAAUGCCGGCUUUCCAUUGGAGCUACACAAUGUUGCCUCUGUAGAAACUGUUUACCUAUAUGGAAAUCAGCUGGAUGAAUUUCCCGUCAACCUUCCCAGGAAUAUUCGAGUGCUACACCUCCAGGAAAACAACAUCCAGACUAUCUCCAGGGCAGCACUUGCCCAGCUACCCAUGCUGGAGGAACUCCACCUGGACGACAACUCCAUCUCAACCGUAGGGGUAGAGGAGGGGGCUUUCAGAGAGGCUGUCAGCCUCAAGCUUCUUUUCCUCACCAAAAACCAUCUGAGCAGCAUUCCUAUCGGAUUACCGGCAGAUAUCAAGGAGCUGCGUUUGGACGAGAAUCGCAUUGCCGAGAUUGACGAGGAUGCCUUUCAGAAUGUCACCACCCUGCAGCGACUUUUGCUUGAUGGGAACUUGCUUGAGGAUGAGGGCAUAGCUCCAGGAACCUUCCAGGACCUGGUCAACCUGAGAGAACUGUCCCUGGCUCGAAACUCCCUCACCACUCCACCACCGUUGCUCCCUGGCGCAUCCCUGACCAAGCUCAACCUGCAGGAAAACCAGAUGGACACCAUUGAAGUGACAGCCUUAGUUGGGCUUAGUAAACUGGAGAAGCUAGAUAUCUCUAGCAACCAGCUUCAGUUUCUUCCACCGGGUGUCUUUGACGGCUUGAGAAGCCUGAGGCACCUUAAUGCGAGAAACAACCUCUGGAAGUGUGAUUGCAACAUUAAGUGGGUCAUUGCAUGGCUCAGGUCUCUGCCUUCUGCGAUAAACGUCCGUGGGUUCACGUGCCAGAGUCCAGAAAGGGUGCGUGGCAUGGUAAUUCGAGAACUCAGCUUAGAUGCCAUCGACUGCCCAGCAGGCACCGUGCUGCAUCCCUGGCCAACCCAUUCAUAUCCAUCUACAUUGCCACCCCGCAGAACCACCACCAUCACCACGACCACCUCCAGAACCACCCGCUUCACCACCAUUUCACCCACUGCUUUUUACCCCGCCUCGGCCAACCCCACACCCCCAUUUCCACAUUUCCCUCCCGGUCCCCUGCCUCCUUACGAAGACCCCUUAAAAAUCUCCUUUCACGUAGUGAACUCUACCUGCAUUGACGUGAGCUGGGAGUCUUACUUCACUGUGACGGCUUACAAAGUGACUUGGGUCAAGAUGGGGCAGAGUUUGAUGAGUGACAUCACUCGAGAAAGAACAGUCCCGGGAUAUCAACGAAGGCUUAGCCUGUCAAAUUUAGAACCCAGGUCUAUCUACCGCAUCUGCGUGUAUGUUCUGGAUACUCUCAACACAUACAGACCGGGCGAGGAUACUAUCUGUUCUGAGGCUAAGACCAAAUCCACAUCCACGUACUCUGAAUCUGAGCAGGCUGCCCAGCAAGACAACACCUCCACACUCCUAUUGGCUGGAGUGAUAGGUGGGGCAGUGUUGGUGGUCUUAGUGACACUUCUAAGCUUGUUUUGCUGGCACAUGCACAAGAAAAGCAGGUCGUCAUCAUCCAAAUGGAAAUACAAUCGUGGCAGGAGAAAAGAUGACUACUGCGAGGCCGGCACCAAAAAGGAUAACUCCAUCCUGGAAAUGACUGAAACGAGCUUUCAGAUAGUGUCACUAAACAAUGAGCAGCUUUUAAAGGGGGACUUCAGAAUUCAGCCCAUCUACACACCUAAUGGAGGGAUUGGCGUCAGAGACUGUCACCUCAGUAACAAUAGCAUAGCUUACUGCAAGAGCAGUAAUGUUCCCAGUGUGGACUUCUGCCACACAUGAUGCUUUUCGACGGAUGCUACAACUAUUUGUUCAAAGAAAAUGUAGUUCAAUAUACUGUACAAUACACGUAUACAUAUAUACAUAUAUAUAUAUAUAUAUUUCCAGGUGCAGUCAACAUGGUAAUUUAUACUGUGGACAAGUAUGUGGAAUUCUGCUAUAUUUUCUAUUCUUAGUAAAUAUGAAAUGGUUUUGUAAUAUGUGAGGCUCAAAGUGGUUUCGCUCAAGGACGCUGCGGAUGUUUUGUAUAAUCGAAGCACGUUGGCUACCUGCUGCAAGUGCAGUCCACAGGUUUUGCCUCUCUACCACUUUAAGAUCUUGAAAACAUUGCUAACCACACAACCAAAAUAUGCCCUUUGUGCAAGAAUACAGCUACCCCUUCACACAACAGUAGUUAAGAUAACACAGUGGUCAGGAAACCAAAACACCGCUGAUUAAGCUGCAGUAGAAAAAAAAAAGAAGCUGAGUUUUUUUUUGUUUUUUUUUUGGAAUUGAAGUGCACUUUCUUAAUGCAGCAGAUAGCAUGAACAGUCAUUCAGGAAAUGAGCUUUUGUGGAAAUCACAUUUGAAGGGAAAAGGGACCACUCUUCAACACCCUGCAGUUCUCACAAGGAGAAGCCUACGUCGGUGAAUGCGGUAGGGAGAUGGUUAGAAGGGUUCCUGUGCAAGCAUUUUUCAGGGCAUAAUUAUGUAUCAUUUUGCCCACCAGGGGGCAGCUUGUCUCAGUACAUAAAGAGGGUAACAGCUCAAAUCAACCACAAACACUCUAGCAUGUUAAAAUUAUGACUUUUCUGGAAAAAAGCUUUUGUGCUGGAGCCUUAUUUUCAAGUAAUUAGCAGCCCAAACAUUAAGUGAGCUAAUAUAAUAGCUAAACCCCUGUGGUAAACUUAGAAUAUCCUGAGGGAGCUCUGUAAUCUCCUUCAUGUUUCUUUAAUUAUCAAUUGUAAAACAUAAGAAAACGAUGAAAAACGUCAACUUUAAAUCUGUAUUUGCCUUUUAUAUACUUAAAUUGCCCUUUUUGAACAUGUUCUGUGAUUUACAAAUUAGGCCAGGGUAUUACACAGAUCUCCACCUCUCUAUUUCUGUGCUCUCACACGAAUGUGAUCAGGAACAUUCUACAGCGGCAUCCACAUCAUUGUCUAGCUUUUUCUUUACUGACCAAAACCCUUUUUAAUCAUGUAUCACAUCAGGUGGGAUGAUGAAUGGACAUUUAAACAAAAGCCCUCUUUUCACAGAGACGAACUGGCACAUGCCAGACUCUCUCUUUGAAAGAGUUUCAGAUCCCUGCAUGAGCGCAAUUAGGACUAUUUUUUUUUAAUGGCGCACCAGUUUUCCAGGACAGAGAGCCGAGUUUGGAAUUUAGGCUUGCUGCGGAGAAGUAUUUAUCAUGCACUGUUACUCAUAGACUUUACUUGCUUUGACAAGAUUUUAUUUUGUGGGCCGAGAUCAAACCCCCACUGCAUAAUCCCUGGUCCAAGAAAGGGAAAAAUGCAGAGGUUAUUUUCACUUGGCAGGAGGAUUCAGGACUGGGACGGGGGUUUGUAGUCAGGGUGGUGGUCCUAAUUGUCAGAGUUAACCCUUCAUCGCUCUCCAACUUGGCAUUAAGAUUCAGACUUGAUCGCUGGAUACUUGUUUACAUCCAAAUUGCUUUUGGAAUUACUCAAAAUAAAACUAAUUUUUGAUUUCUGUGACUAACACAGUUGGUGCUUGCACAGGUUAACUACCAACAACCCACAAGGUUUGUCUCAGUGGCACAAACAAAAUGCUUUCUAAAAGAAAAGAAAAAAAGGGCUACUGCACUUCUGUGGUCAUGAAAGUAUUUCUCCUUAGCAUCCCAGCAGGCUUCUCCGACCACCCCGUCCCUACUUUUCCUUGAAAUCUGGAACAUCCCCGGGCUCCAUUUCUCAUCUGAAGGCUUUUAACUGAUGUGUACACCAUUAACAAUUCAUUUCAAAUUCUGUGGCCACCCGUAACUCUUUUUAACAGACUUCCUCCACACAAGUCCGGUGCGGUUGUCAGGCUCAGGUUCCCCGAGAGGAGGCGGUUGCGGUGACGCAGACCCAAAUGAAUCGCUGCAAAGUUAACCCGUUAGUGAGAUAAAUAUGUCCCGAGCCUCUCGCCGACAUAUUUUCACAGAGCGAAAAGUAAUGGCAGAGAAACUGAUUUGUGCCACUAUCCAGUACAUCACUCCCUCCGUCGAAGUCCUCAGAGCUAGCUUUUGCUGGGUCGUUUCCAAAACCAGAAAUGUUUCAUACUGAACAGUUUUAUCUAUUGCCUUACUGUAACCCAGCAGUAUGUCUUAAUGUGGUUCACGUGAAGGAUUUGACAUCAUUUACACAGAGAUCUGUGGAUUACACGUUUUGAAGGCAGGACUGAAUGGAAAGCACACAUUUUGAAGGGCAAUUGCAAACAGCAUCCUGACAGACAUCAAUAGAUGACAUUGCUAACAAGCCAAGGUCUAUCCUCCAGACAAGAAUGGCGUGUUAUGAUUCAGAGUGACUCAUUGCCUCACUCGUGUGGCGUACAUUGUGCUUUAUUUUCUAUGGAUGAGCUGAAAAUCACAGUAGUGGCCCUGUAGUCAAAUGGACGUAUUACACAAAAGGGACUGUGAGCAAUGCCUUGCGUCCGUAAUCCUACCCAACAGUCAAUCCGUCUCUUGAAAAAGCACAUUGAUUUGGUUUGGAAUAAUUACUCUAAAUGACUGUGAGGUCAGUCUGAACAAAGCACUACCACAAAUGUGGCUGAAUUCGUCUUUGAUCUUUGUGUCCCUUUCACUCUUUCUUUUUUUGAAAUAAUCUAUUUUUCAUUAUGUUUUGAAAGGUUUUCUCACAUGUGCAAUUUGGUAUAUAUAUUCACUAUUAAAACUUAUUUAAUACAGACUUCAGCACAUCAGUUGACAUAGUGGUGAAUCGGUUACUUUGUGGCUGUUCAUUCUAACGGAAACCUGAAAACCGGGACAGGUUUAACAACAACCACAAUGUUUCAUGUGUUUUAGCAUUUGGGUCUUUUUUCUUCAUGUUUAAGAUGGGGAGUGAUUCUGCUUUUCACAUAUGGUGAUUUGUUUGGUCUGUAAGCUGGGUUUUGCAAGUAGAAUCCAUUGGGAACCAAAGUAAUUUUUGAUUGCUAUGUACAUUUAAUUUCUUUCGUUUGUUUCCACUACUAAACUGUUGUUGUUGUCCCAUGUAUGUGCCUUGAAAUGAACUUACAAUGUAAAGUCCUUGAAACCUUUAAAUGUUUUUGCACAAGUUGUAAAUAGAGAAACCGAGCUUUGUUUUUUUUUUUUUUUUUUGAAAAUAAAGGAGCCAUCAGAAUUGACCGAUGAUCUUGUCCAUUACAGACAAAUCUCACUUUCUUAUUUUUCAAAAUGUGUGUGAUCCAUUUAUUAACAUAUUGUACCUGUAGAUGUCCAAACGUGUAGG